UAUCCUUAUCAGGGUUCGCACAGCAUUGUGGGUAGAACAGGUCAGAUGACCAUCCUGUGAGGGGUACAGCUGCUUUCACACACUGUUAGCCACCGAUAUUUACAGGUGGAGUCAUGAGGCACCUGGUCUUCCUCCUCCCAGCCCUGCUGCUGCUGCUGGCUCUCCCGGACACCAGGGGGCGCUACAACGAUGACUUCGAUGACGGUGAGGACAUCGCUGAGUUUGAUGACAAUGACUUCGCUGAGUUUGAAGAUGUCAGCGAGGACCCAGCAGUCGAUGUGGAGAAAGAGCCGCCCCCCCGAGCAGCCCCCUCAUCUCCACCCAUAGUGGACGACGAAGACGAGGCCAUGGUGGAGGACGAAGACGCUCAGGAUGAGUUUGAAGAUGCUGAUGCCCAGGAUCAAGACAUGUACAGCAAGUAUGACAACGAGGAGUUUGAGGGCUAUAAGAAGACCAACCCUUCAUUCAAAGACACUCUUAAAUACAGCGAGGUCCCAGCACACCUUCAGAACAGCUGGGAGAGUUACUACAUGGAGAUCCUGAUGGUCACGGGUCUGCUUGCCUAUAUUAUGAACUACUUAAUUGGCAAAAACAAGAACAGCAGACUUGCCCAGGCUUGGUUUAAUUCCCAUAGAGAACUUCUCGAGAGCAACUUUGCCCUCGUGGGGGAUGAUGGCACCAGUAAGGAGGCCACCAGUACGGGGCAACUGAACCAGGAGAAUGAGCACAUCUACAACCUGUGGUGCUCAGGACGUGUCUGCUGUGAGGGGAUGUUGAUUCAGCUUAAGUUUUUGAAGAGACAGGACCUGCUGAAUGUGUUGGCCAGGAUGAUGAGACCAGUCUGUGAUCAAGUGCAAGUCAAAGUGACUUUGAAUGAUGAGGACAUGGACACGUUUGUGUUUGCCGUGGGGAGUCGGAAGACCAUAGCACGGCUGCAGAAAGAGAUGCAGGACCUGAGUGAGUUCUGUGGUGAUAAGCCCAAAUCAGGGGCAAAAUAUGGCAUCCCUGAAUCUCUGUCCAUUUUAUCAGAAAUGGGAGAGGUCACGGAUGGAGUGAUGGACAACAAGAUGGUGCAUUACCUCACCUCUCAUGCCGACAAGAUUGAGUCCAUCCAUUUUUCGGACCAAUUCUCUGGUCCAAAAGUUAUGCAAGAGGAGGGUCAGCCCUUAAAGCUGCCCGAGACUAAGAAAACCCUUCUGUUUACAUUUAACGUGCCUGGGAUGGGGAACACAUCUCCCAAAGAUAUGGACGGUCUGCUGCCUCUGAUGAACAUGGUGAUCUACAGCAUCGACAAGCUCAAGAAGCUUCGCCUCAACAGAGAGGGGAAGCAGAAAGCUGAUCGAAACCGUGCUCGCGUGGAGGAGAACUUCCUGAAGCAGACUCACGCUCAACGGCAGGAGGCCGCUCAGACACGCCGCGAAGAGAAGAAGAGAGCGGAGAAGGAGAAGAUCAUGAGCGAGGAGGAUCCUGAUAGACAGCGCCGCCUAGAGGAAGCCGCCCAGCGUCGGGAGCAGAAGAAGCUGGAGAAGAAGCAGAUGAAAAUGAAGCAGAUCAAAGUGAAAGCCAUGUGAGACACACGCUCGUAGACAUUAGAGAAAGAAUCGAACACUUCUACACCUGCUAAUGUAAACUCUUCUACAUGAAUGUGCAUGCCAUUUGAUUGGCUGCUAUUGCACCCAUCGAAACGCUCAGUCCAAUCAGGAGAAAGCAGCUGGUCAAGGAGUAAAUCUGAUCUUUAAAAGACAACUGGAAUGGAGAUGGUCUGUUUGAACUAUUUGAACGUGUUUUACUGUAGCAGUCGUUUAAAGCAUGAGUUGUCUGCCUAAUUGCAUGGCAGUUUUUACUUGCAAGAAUAUUGCUUUUUGUGAACUUUGCCAUAAUAAACUUGACCUUUUUGGCUCUCUUCAAACCAACUUGCCACUUUAGCCAACCUUUUCCAGUUCAGUUGUCUCCUGGAGUUCAGUAUGGGCCCUCCAAAACUUUGUCAAGAGGACCUAUGGUUUUAUUUCUAUUCCCAGAGAUUUAAGUUUCAGCUAUGCUUCUUUUAAAGGUGAAAUGCGGGAGUGUUUUUAAAAGGAACUGGGUGGGUAAGAAAGCUUCCUUUUUUGUACUACAGUGCUUCCUUAACCCUGUUUCUAAAAGUUCAUGAUUGCAAGCGUUUUAUAGAUGAGUAAUAGGCACAUCAUCAUUGUUUUCUUAAUCUUUCUUUUGUUUUUUAUGAGCAAAGGCCCACUGUGAAUUGUCACUGUCAAGGCAGCACAAACUCCUUUUAUAUGUAUUUAACAGAGGUGAAAUUUUUAUUUAGCAUUAAGUUAAUAGUCGAUCUGAGCAUCCAUGAGUAAACCUUGACUGUAACCCUUUUUUCUGUAACAUUUGUUAAUGAGACACUUAACUAAAUAAAACAUUCACUGAAAAUAUC